AUGGAAUCCGAAGAAUGUCUAUUCGAUGAAGCCUUCUUAUCACCACAAGUACAAGCGGCGUUGCCUACAGGAUACACAUUACAGGCGCUGCGAUCCAACGAUUACGAACGGGGAUAUUUAAAGGUGCUUGAACUGUUAACCGAAGUGGGCGAUCAUACAAAGGAAGACUUUCUGGACCAAUUUCAAUUCAUGAAAAAACACAACGAUAUAUAUUACAGCGUCACUGUGACAGAUGAUCAGACGGACCGCAUUGUAGCGGUGGGAACGAUCCUCAUCGAGCGCAAAUUUGUACAUAAGAACGGCCUGGUGGGACACAUCGAAGACAUUGCCGUGGAUGCGCAUCAACAAGGCAAAAAGCUGGGUUUACGCAUCAUCGAAGCGUUAAAGUUCAUUGGUGCACAAAGAAACUGUUACAAAGUCAUUUUGGACUGCGCCGUCAAGAAUAUCCCUUUUUAUGAAAAGUGUGGAUUCCAGCAGAAAGAGUGCCAGAUGGCUUGGUACGUCUCUAACGAGAAAGCGCACCUGUGA